AUGGGGUGGGAUGGACAAGGAGUCGGUGACGAAGGGUUGGCUGAUAGGGAUAAGCAUUUGGGGUCGGGUUCAAGACAUCAUCAGUGGAAGGGCCAUGUGGUAAGGUGCUCCAGAAUUGGCAGUAACAGUAGUAGUGGUAGUGGUAGUGGUAGUGGUGUUGGUGGUGGUGGUCGUAGUGGUGGUCGUAGUAGUAGUGGUGGUCAUAGUGGUAGUGGUGGUAGUCGCGGUGGUGGUGGUGGCAGCGGCAGUGGUGGUGGUGGUAGUAAAUUGAUUGAUAUCGUAAGGUGUUUUGAAAACAAGUUGAUUAUUGAAGUUGUAAACGAUUGUGAGAAAAUGACCAAUCUUCGGGUUUUUAGGUUGUGA